UGCGUGCUGCGUAUGUGGGUAGGUGCAUUGUGGGAUGUCAGUCACGAGAGUCCUCCGAGUUUGAGAGAGGGGAAAUGGCAACCAACAUUGAGCAGAUUUUUCGGGAUUUUGUAAUGAAUAAAAUAAAGGAAAUAGAAGAUGAAAGCCAGGAUAAGAGCAAUACAGACAACAUGGAAUCUAAUAAUGGGGAGUCGCACUCUGACCAAGGGACAGGCAUAAAUAUAGACGCAACUCAGGCUGAAGCAAUGAGCACAGUCACUGAUAUAGUCGUGAAAAUUUCGCCUCGAGGCAACAGUGUCAAAGAAGAAUUCAAUACAAAACACAAGAAAUCAAAAAAGCACAAAAAACACAAAAGCAAAAAGAAGAAAAAGAAACUCAAGGAAAGAAAAGAGAGCAGCUCUGACUCAGAGUCUGGUGGAGAGACACAGGAAAGUGUGAAGAAAAAGAAGCGAAAGAAAAAGAAGAAACAUAAACAUGGAGAAAAAGGGAAAAAGUUUGAUUCGCAGUCUGGUAGCUCUUCUGAAUCAGAGUCUGAAUCAGAAAUAAAACCUGUGUGUGAAACUGCUAAAGCAUUAUCUGGGAAGGUGGCUCAGGAUUUACCUGACAUUAUUCCUAAGCUCGAGACUGCUUCUGACAAGCACAAAGAACGUGAAAAAUCCCAAAGGAGUUCUAGUCGCUCACGGACAUCCCGGCAAGACAAGAGCAAGAGAAGGCAGCGUUCCAAUUCCAGCUCAGGCAAACAGAGAACAAGAUGUAGAUCCAGAUCUCGGUCAGCGAGGCGAUCUUCAAGAACACGGUCAAAAUCACUAUCAAGAAGAGAGUCAGUGCAGAAAAGACGGAGAAGCCGGUCCAGAUCAGGAUCACGCCAACGUAACAGACGGUCCAGAUCAAUUUCAGCCAGAAGAGGAAGGAGAUCACGAUCCAGGUCACGGUCUAGACAACAUAGAUCAAGGUCUUAUGUAAGGAAAAGCAGGAGAUCUCGGUCAAAAAGUAGGUCUUGUUCGCAGCUUUCCAGGCGAUCUAGGUCUCAGAGACAGGAAAGGCAUUCUAUGUCAAGUUCCCGGUCAAAAUCGAGAUCACAUGAUCAGCCUCCUGAGAGUGAGACACAGAUCAGUACGGCUGCGGAAAUAAGGCAUGAAGAUAAAUCAUCUCCGAUCAUAAAUCUAAGUCAUGCAGAAAAUGGAGACGAAGAAAAAAGUCAGAUCGAACCAGUGAACCCAUCGGACGGCGUUAUAAAUGAUGGGCAAGGAGCUAGAUUUGCUGGAUCAUGGAAACCGAUUCCUUUCUUGGAUGUAGGUGUGACUGUUGUUGGCUCCUCUGAAACCACCACCACAGCGAAGUGCAUUACACCCACAAUGCCUUUGGACAUUAAUGAUGUUUCAGAAAAUACCUUAGCUGAAGACCUCCACAGUACUGAAAAUAAAGAAGUUAUUACUCUUGUUGAGCAGAAAGACUCCCAAAUAUUUAAACAGAAGUCCAUAUCGCCAAAUCGAAAGCGUUCCAAAUCAUCCUCCAGAGAAAGAUCAACCUCUAGCUCUUCUUUAAAACAAAGGAAGUCCAGAUCAUCCUCCAGAAACAGCAGGAAGUCUCCUUUGCAAAAAAAAAGAUCCAGGUCCAGAAAACGGGCUAGGCGUUCUAAAUCCAAGUCACCCAAAAGGAAAAGGUCAAAGUCCCAUUCGCCGAGACGCCGGAGACGGUCUAGGACCUCAGAGAGAAAUCGAUCAAAAUCUAGACACAGGUCUCGCUCAAACUCCAGAAGGUCCAGGUCCGGUUCACGCCGUAAAAGAGGGGGUUUCAGGAGCCGAAUGUUUAGUCAACGGGAUCGAUGGAAACGAGAACCGAGCCAUUCUCCUGUCGUCAUCCUGCGGAAAAAAGGGUUGACCUCUCGAACUCAGCGUAGCGCUAGCCAGACGCCUCCUCGCCUUACUGAGCUCGAUAAAGAACAGUUGCUUGAAAUUGCCAAGGCCAAUGCAGCAGCGAUGUGUGCUAAAGCUGGUAUGCCAAUUCCAGAGAGUCUGAGACCAAAAGCCAUCUUUCAGCUGCCCUUGCCAAACCCGAAUUCCACUUCGUUGCCCUUACCUUUGCCCCUACCUGUUAAUCUCCCCAUGGGACUACAAGGGAUGUCAAGCAUGACCAUGAAUGCUGCAAUGGCCAGCAUGACUGCCGCCACCAUGACCGCAGCUCUUUCCGGCAUGAACACAUUAGCUGCCAUGCCACAGAUGGCCCCCUUGCCCACAAUAACCAACAAGCCUCCACCUUCGUCCGCGCCGAACCUAAAUAUGGUCAAUAUCGAGGAAGCGAAAAAAAAAUUGGCAAAGCAAGCAAACAGCUACAGCAUCAAGGAACUCACAGAAAAAUGCAAAAAGAUUGCAGAAAGUAAAGAGGAGAUGGCUGUCGCAAAGCCACAUGUUUCAGAUGAUGAAGACGACCGGCCCUUUGGGGGAGUUGCCCUUAAGGAGAAUAAGGGCAUUACAUUUAGUCUCAGUAACCCCUCUGUGAAGCCAGCAGUAAGGUCUGAGGCCGCCUUCGCCAAGGAGUUCCCAGUGUCUUCAGGUUCACAGCACCGCAAAAAGGAGGAGGAUGGAGUGUAUGGAGAAUGGGUGCCUGUGGACAAAAAGACUGAAAAAGCAGGGGCUCCUUCAGCAUCUGCUGAGGCUGAGGAUCAGAGCAAAGCCAAAGACAGUGUUUUCCCGGAGGCGCCCACACAGCCAGUGGACAUCACACUUGCAAUUAGUGAAAGGGCAGUGGCACAGAAGAGACUGGCAGAGAAUCCCUUUGACAUCAAUGCCAUGUGCAUGCUAAAUCGUGCACAGGAGCAGGUUGAUGCUUGGGCCCAGUCCAACACAAUCCCAGGUCUAUUCACUGGUUCUACAGGUGCUCAAGUGCUCUCAUCUGAAGAGCUGUCCAACAGUGGUCCACAGGCUUGGAUCAAGAAGCAGGUGCAUUGCAAGAGGGGCAUCACACCUCAGUGAUUGACUAUAAACUACUUAGUAAGUUCUUUUAAAGAUGGGAGGAAGGAAGAGCACCUGAAGUAAGUCACCGGGAGCAAUCCUGUUGAAUGAGAUUGAAAACUCAAAGCUGAUUACAUGAAAACUAAACAUAGUGUAGCUUCCAGUAGUAAAAAGUGAACUUCCAGUAGUAGCGGAAGGUAGUCUACCAGGAACUCCUGGUGGUAGAACUUAUAGAAGACAUACUGAGGAAUAAUGUGGUGACUAAGAAAUUACGUUUUGUACAUUUUCAAUAGAUUAAAGUGUCCCCUUUUAAAAUGUCAGGUUUGUGUGAUGUAAAAAAUUUAUACAAACCAUCAAAUUAAAAACCUUUUCUGUCUUUGUGAAAAUACAAUGUGUAAAUAUUAAGUAAGCAACAAACAAUUUAGAUUUUGAUUUAAAAAAAAAAAGUCCUGAAGAAAUAUCUGAGAAGUACUGAUUACAAUAAUAUCUUAUAUCCUCAUAUAUUCUCUCAUAUGGAAAAAAAGUCAAAUAAAUCAUUCCAAACCAAUUUGGGUCAAAUGUCUGGUGAGAUUAAUUCUAAAAGACAUAAUCAUUCCAUAAUUCCAAAAGAUAUUUUUGGUUGCCAAAAAAAACUAACAAAUUACAGUGUUUCUGCCAGAACCCAGACCUGAAUCCAAAAAAAAACAGGCUGUGCCUUAAAAUAGGAUGGAUAUAUGAGACUCUAACAUCAAAAGUUCUUUUAACUAAGUAUUAGUUCAUGGACGUGCACAAGUAUGCGUCUAGUUUAUUGUAAAUAUUUAAUUUUUUUCUGUGAAAUGUUCAUUUUAUUUGUAUACUUUGCAAUUUUAAAGUGAUUUUGGUUGGUUUAAUCAUGUAACAUCACAACAAAGCUGCCAUUUUAACAGCGGUGUGUACACUUUUUAUAACCAAUUAUAUAUAUAUAUCUCCAGAAACUUCACCAAGGAGUUUCCUAUAGAAAUCAUAUACAUACAUACAUAUACAAGUCCAGCUCCUCACUGCUGCUUAUAUAAUCAAGUUAAUCACAUAUCUAAUUUCCUUAUCAAUGCAACGGCUUUACUGCCCCAGAGAGAGCAGUGUGUUUGUUCAGGUGUGUGCUUCUGACCUGGCCAAAGUCACUUAGUUACAAACACACACUUGUAAUCAUGAAUUUUUUCCUAUAUUACUCCUAAACAAAAAUUCCUACAAAUAUGCACAUCCAGUAUUGGACAAGUGUACUUUACUUGUAAGGUUGAGCUGCAAUGGAUAGUUUGAGGAGCUGAUCUAUGAGCAAACUGGACAAAAACUAAUCUGAUUAUCCUGAGAGUAACCACCAUGUGAUGUGAAUUAUUAUUAUUUUUAAUUAUUAUUUAAUUUAGUUAUUAUUUUCUAAGGAUUUAUGCCAUUUAUCAUCCGUUGUCAGUAUCUCAGGUUCAAGGAUUUUCACAAGGUGUUUCACUAUGUACUAUUUUUCCCUGCUGAUGGGGUUUGGGGUGGGAAUCAGGGGCGAAAGAGGGGUGGGGGUUCACAGUGUGCCCUGUGAACUCUCACCACUCUAUAUGGAAACUUGUUGCAGGGUCAGUCCUUGUAGCUGCCUUGUUGCCAUGGUCACUGUCAGGCCCCUCUAUUCACGUCAGAUGCACAGCCGAUGAUGAGGGCCUAGGUACGUAUGUCAAACAACACCCAUAUUUCUAUUCAUGUGGAUUUGUCUCCACUCUAAAUGAAAACGUUUCUGCCUGUGUGUGUUUCAACUGAACUGGUGGGGUGGUAAGGUUGGUUUUGAUUCCUCUGUCAAAGGAAACAAUGAGAUUUUGAAGAUUAUUUCUAUGAUUUUUUUAAAAAAAAACAUUUUUUACAUUUUAUAGUAUUUUUAACAAUGUGCAUAAAAUGAUAAAGUUUAACAUAUUUAGCUUUUAAUAUUAAAUAUAACAGCUUUGAAAGUGCUACUUUUUUUUUAAACUUUCUAAAAAAAAUACUUAUAAUAAACCUUACAUUUUUAUUAUUUGCAAUUUUUGCUGAUAUCUUUAGGUAACCCCAUGGAUCCAGAAGAUAGUU